CUGCUAAACACGCGUGUUUGUGUGUUUACAGCUGAUUCUAUCUAACUACACUAUCAAAGUCCGAUUUAUUUGGAAAAAUAAAUACUUACGGGGCCGAUGUGUUUCUGUUGCGCGCUGAUAGCGAACCUCGAGUCACCAUGAGCAAGAGGAAAGGGAAAGAAGGUCAUCUGCCGAUUGGAGAAUGCAUCACACAGGUUCAGCAGAUUUUGAGGGAGCGGUUCUGCCAUCAGCAACACACUGGGAAGCUGGAGGGAGUAGAAUCUCAACAAAAACACCUCCUGGAGCUGCUGAAGCGAACGGCCGUCCACGGGGAGAGCAACUCGGUGCUGAUCGUCGGCCCCAGAGGAGCCGGAAAAACAACGCUGCUGCAGUGUGUGCUGAGGGACCUGCUGCAGGAGAAAGACGCACAAAAAAACCUUCUACAGGUUCAUCUCAACGGUCUCCUGCAAACUGACGACAGAAUCGCCUUAAAAGAAAUAACCAGACAACUCCACCUGGAAAACGUUGUGGGCGACAAAGUGUUUGGAAGCUUUGCAGAAAACCUGGCGUUUCUUCUGGAGGCUUUAAAAAAAGGCGACCGCAGCAGCAGCCGCCCGGUUUUGUUCGUCCUGGAUGAGUUCGACCUCUUCGCCCACCACAAGAACCAGACGCUGCUCUACAACCUGCUGGACGUGUCCCAGUCGGCGCAGACGCCCGUCGCCGUGGUCGGCGUCACCUGCAGACUGGACGUCCUGGAGCUGCUGGAGAAGCGGGUCAAGUCUCGGUUCUCCCACCGUCAGAUCCACCUCCUGAGCGGCUCCACCUUCGCCCGGUACCUGGAGCGGGUCCGGUCCCAGCUCAGCCUCCCGGGCCACUUCCAGGACGCCCAGUUCGCCGAGGAGUGGAACGCCAGCGUCCGGUCGCUGUGCGAAGACCGGGCGGCCGAGGAGGUUUUCAGGAGACACUUCAACUCCAGCACAGACCUGCGCUCUCUGCACGCGCUGCUGAUGUCGUGUCUGAGUCGCGUCUCCGUCUCCAAACCCGUCAUCAAACCAGCCGACCUCCUGGACGCCAGCCGCACGUGUCUCGCCGACGCCAAGGCCAACAUGCUCCACGGACUCUCCAUCUUGGAGCUGUGUCUAAUCAUCGCCAUGAAACACCUCAACGACGUGUAUGAAGGAGAACCGUUCAACCUCCAGAUGGUUCACAACGAGUUUAAGAAGUUCCUGCAGAGGAAGUCGAACUCCAUGUACAAGUUUGAGCAGCCGGUCGUCAUGAAGGCCUUCGAGCAUCUGCAGCAGCUGGAGUUGAUCCGUCCGGCCGACGGCUCCUCGGCCAAAACUCAGAGGGAGUAUCAGCUCAUGAGGCUCAUGCUGGACCACAGUCAGAUCAUGGAGGCCCUGCAGAAGUACCCACAAUGCCCCACGGACGUCAAGCAGUGGGCCAUGUCGGCCUUCGGAUAGAUUUAAGUUCCUGAAUAUCAGCUAAAAAUCAAACCACGUCUUCCACAUUUGUGUGUAAAUUAUAAUUUAUCACAGAAUAAAAGUUAAAACUUG